AUGCCGUGUGGUUGCGUUGGUGGGCCCCGGCGAAAGCGCAGGCGAAGACUAGUGGACUGGCGGCGGCUGUUGGGAUCUGCACCCUGUGGAAUGGCUGGAGGAGCUAGCACUUCAGGAUUCUGCCCACCAGGAGGUGGUAAAGGGAAUAUGUCCCUUCAAAGUGAAGAGUGGACAAGUUUAAGGGUCAUUGAUACUGCUGGGAAUUCAAUGGUUUUUCGCAUCAAACCUUCUUGCCCUCUACAAAAGGUAAAGAAGAGAUACUCAGACAAAUGCGGUGUGGACAUACACACAUUAAGAUUUUUGUACGAGGGUCGACGAGUCGAUGAUCAAGACACAGCAAUUUCUCUGAAGAUAGAGCGAAACGGGAUAAUAGAGGUUUUUGCGGAGCAGACCGGGGGAUCCUUUAUCAAAAAUGAGACAUUGCUGAAAGAAAUUGCAGCAAACGAGAUUCCCAAUCUCAAGAACUGA